CUGCUCCAUUUCUAUCAUUGCUACAGCACCCUGUGCGGCCUUUUUCACUUCCGAACCCACGACCAUCCCCACUUAUCAAGUACGUCUCCACCAUCGCCAGAAUUUCUGCGGAUGACUUUCGCCGCUCCGGUUGCCUCAACCCUUUUCUCACGCUUUUUCCGUUCCUUCUCCACCAGCUCGGCUUUUUCCUUGACGCCAGAAACACAAUCACGCAAAAUGUCAGACACACAAACCGCGACCGUCGCAGCCGGCUGCUUCUGGGGCGUUGAGCACCUGUACCGCAAGAAUUUCGGCAAUGGCAAAGGCCUCCUCGAUGCCAAGGUGGGCUACUGCGGUGGCGCCGUUUCGUCGCCAUCGUACCAAGCUGUUUGCUCUGGUUCAACUGGACAUGCCGAGGCUCUCCGCAUAGUCUUUGAUCCUUCAAUUGUGACCUACCCCCAGCUUCUCGAAUUUUUCUACCGCAUGCACGACCCCACAACAGAAAACCGGCAGGGUCCGGAUGUUGGUACACAAUACCGCAGUGCGAUCUUUACGCACGGGGAUGAGCAGCAUAAGAUCGCGGAGCAGAUUACAGAAAAAGUCAGCAAGGAAUGGUAUAAGACGUCACUUUCUACCAAGGUCCUACCGGCAGGUCAGUGGUGGGAUGCGGAGGAAUAUCACCAGCUCUAUCUUCAGAAUAACCCUGCUGGAUAUGAGUGUCCUGCUCACUUUAUCCGACCUUUCCCUCCUCUGUCGGAUUGA